UGGGACGGGUUCCGGGACCCGAGUGAAGGUUCCACACCUGGCCUUCAGCAGGGGUCAGGACGCAAGCACCUGCACCAAGGGGGAGCAAAGCCGGGCCCGGCCCGAGGCCCCCAGGACCUCCAUUUCCCAAUGCCGGAGGAAUCCGCCACGUGACAGUUGGGCCGCCGUCUAAGCGCCAUGGCUCCCAAAAAGCCGCUCGGUCUUCCUUCCUUGCUGCUGCUGCCCCUGACGCUACUGCUGCCCCAGGCAGACAGUCGGUCGUUCGUAGUGGAUCGGGAUCAUGAUAGAUUCCUCCUGGACGGGGCUCCGUUCCGCUACGUGUCUGGCAGCCUUCACUACUUUCGGGUACCUCGGGUGCUUUGGGCAGACCGGCUUUUCAAAAUGAGAAUGAGUGGCCUCAACGCCAUACAGUUUUAUGUGCCCUGGAACUACCAUGAGCCAGAGCCUGGGGUCUAUAACUUUAAUGGCAGCCGGGAUCUCAUUGCAUUUCUGAAUGAGGCAUCUUUAGCGAACCUGUUGGUCAUCCUGAGACCUGGACCUUACAUCUGUGCAGAGUGGGAGAUGGGGGGUCUCCCAGCCUGGUUGCUUCGUAAACCAAACAUUCGUCUGAGAACUUCAGAUCCAGACUUCCUUGCCGCAGUGGACUCCUGGUUCAAGGUCUUGCUGCCCAAGAUAUAUCCAUGGCUCUACCACAAUGGGGGCAACAUCAUAAGCGUUCAGGUGGAGAAUGAAUACGGUAGCUAUAGGGCCUGCGACUUCAGCUACAUGAGGCACCUGGCUGGGCUCUUCCGGGCGCUGCUGGGAGAGAAGAUCUUGCUCUUCACCACGGAUGGGCCUGAAGGACUCAAAUGUGGCUCUCUGAAUGGACUCUACACCACUGUAGAUUUUGGCCCAGCUGAAAACAUGACCCAACUGUUUGCCCUGCAAAGGGCGUAUGAACCCCAUGGGCCAUUGGUGAACUCGGAGUACUACACCGGCUGGCUGGAUUACUGGGGCCAGAACCACUCCACGCGGUCCGUGAGAGCUGUAACCGAAGGACUGGAGAACAUGCUGAAGCUGGGAGCCAGUGUGAACAUGUACAUGUUUCACGGAGGUACCAACUUUGGAUACUGGAAUGGUGCUGAUGAGAAGGGGCGCUUCCUUCCAAUUACUACCAGCUAUGACUAUGAUGCACCAAUAUCUGAAGCAGGGGACGCCACACCUAAGCUUUUUGCUCUUCGAAAUGUCAUCAGCCAGUUUCAGGAAAUUCCCUUGGGACCUUUACCUCCCCCCAGCCCUAAGAUGAUGCUUGGACCUUUGACCCUGUACCUGGAUGGAUAUUUGCUGGAUUUUCUGCACCUCCUGUGCCCUCGAGGGCCCAUCCAUUCAGUGUUGCCAAUGACCUUUGAGGCUGUCAAGCAGGACCUUGGCUUCAUGUUGUACCGGACCUAUCUAAGCCACAGUGUUUUUGAGCCAACACAAUUCUGGGUGCCGAACAAUGGAGUUCAUGACCGUGCCUACGUGAUGGUGGAUGGGGUGUUUCAGGGUGUUCUGGAACGAAACACAAAACACAAACUAUUUUUGACGGGGAAGAUGGGGGCCAAACUGGAUGUCUUGCUGGAGAACAUGGGGAGGCUCAGUUUUGGGUCUAACCACAGUGACUUCAAGGGCCUAUUAGAGGCACCACUUCUGGGGCUAACGAUCCUUACCCAGUGGCUGAUGUUCCCCCUGAAAAUUGAUAAGCUGGUAAAGGGGUGGUUUCCCCUGCAGUUGCCAAAAAGCUUGCAUCCUCAAACUCCCUCUGGCCCCACCUUCUACUCUACAACAUUUUCAAUUUUAGACUCAGGUGGAGACACAUUUCUCUUUCUACCUGGAUGGACCAAGGGCCAAGUCUGGAUCAAUGGGUUUAACUUGGGCCGGUACUGGACAAAGAGGGGGCCGCAACAGACCCUCUACGUGCCAAGACCCCUGCUGUUUCCUAGGGGAGCUCUCAACAAAAUCACAUUGCUGGAGCUAGAAAAUGUGCCUCCCCAACCCCAAAUCCAAUUCCUGGAUAGUCCUAUCCUCAAUAGCACCUUGCAUAAGACAUAUAUCUAUUCCCUCUCAGAUGACACACCAAGUGCCCCCCAACCAAUGGAGUUAAGUGGGCACUGAAAGAAAGGUAACCCCU